AUGCUCUUGAUCCCACGACAACAUGCUGGCCCCGUUGGCCGAGCAUUUGAACCUGAGCUCAAUCGCCCUUCAUAUUCCCACCAGACGAAGUUUGCGUCGAGUUGUCCAACCUGGCUACCAAAAGUUCUCCAAACAAACAAACUAUCGCUACUAGAACAGCUCCCCAACGAGGUUCAGAGGCUCAUUUUUUCGGACCUGGACUAUCAGUCUCUCAUCUUCCUGUCCAUGGUGAACCGACACUUUCAUCGCACAGUAGACCCCCAACGCAUGGCAACACUACGAGACAAGUUUGAGUUGGUAAUGAGAGCAGCAAAGGACUUUCCACAACAUUGGGCCAGCGAGAAAAAGAAAGACCAAAGACCCGGAAACUUGGAGUGCUACUGGUGCUUCCGUGUACGGAGCCCGCAACACUUUGAUGUGUUACAAGCCAACACGGCGUACUUUGACCCACAAGGCCGAUUGGUACCGGAGCAGGAGGCGGGGCCUCAAGACCGGCUUGUGCCCCUCCGCCGCUUCUGCAUCGGAUGUGGAGUCUGGACCUCUGGGUCUGCCGAUGCCGACGUGUGUGGCAGAAACCCAACUGCCUGCAGUGUCCAGACUGCUCUUCAACUUGUCCACUGCGGCCCAAAAGAAGGUGGUGUGGCUGCGACUAUUCGUCUGCGCGACCCCAGCAUUGUGUCCUAUUGCAUCAGUGAAUCUAGGUGA